GCUGCUGCGGCGCCGAAUCUCUCGCAGUCCCGCCGGUCGCCAGUGGACGCUGCCCGGCUGGCCGAACAUGGCGGCGGCCCCGGAUGAGGUGGUAGAUCGCAGACCGAUCCGGAGGGUCCGGUCCAAGAGUGACACGCCUUACAUCAACGAGGCGAGGAUCUCUCUGCACCUGGAGACAGCCGAGGAAGUGGAGAGGUUGACAGCGAUGCGCUCUGAUUCGCUGGUUCCCGGCACACACACGCCUCCCAUUCGGCGGCGGAGCAAAUUCGCCUCCCUGGGACGUCUGUUUAAACCCUGGAAAUGGAGGAAGAAGAAGAGUGAAAAGUUCAAGCAGACCUCUGCGGUGUUGGAGAGGAAAAUGUCCACUCGCCAGAGCAGAGAGCAGCUCAUCAAGAAAGGAGUGCUGAAGGAGGUUUAUGAGAAAGGCGGCUCUUCCUCGGCUGUACUCCAGGAGGUGAAGAUGGAGAACGGCUCCGGCCAGUCAGAGUCUGAAGGUACUGAGCUGAUGGAAGGAGCCGCUGCAGCUGUAGGCCCUCUGGAGUUUCAGAUGCCAAAAGAAGGCGCAUGUCAACAGGACCAGAAGCCCGUGAAGAAGUCCUUUGUGUAUCCGGCCGAUUGUGCUGAAUCGACGUUCUCCAGGCCGCCGACGCUCCACAAACAACCUCCUGUGCCGCCACCCAAGCCCUUCAACAGGCUACCGAAUCACAUUGCAGACGGUGCCCCGGUGAAGUUGCCGUGCAAGUCUGCGAAGCUAUCUCCUCCUCUUCCUCCAAAGAAGCUCAUGAUCGCCAUACCUGCGGGGAGCGUGGAGCCGUCCUCGCUCGCCUUCCAGAGGUGCCACCCUCACAGCCACGCCCCAAUGGGCGGCCACUCAGUGCAGUACGGGGUGCUACCCCUCCACCCCCACAGCCGAAUCAUAGAGGAGCUCAACAAGACCCUUGCCCUUACGAUGCAGAGGUUUGAGAGCUCCAUGAUGCACGCGGUUCCCAAGGGGAGGAUCGAGUGUGACGGCGACAAAGAGAACCUCCCUAACGAGGCGGACUACGAGGAACUGCCUGACGAAGAAGAGGACGAGGAAGAUGACGAUGAGGAGGAAGAAGAAGACGACGAAGACGACGACAAUACGUUGUUUUCAAGCAGACUGGCGAUGAAGAUUUUACGGAAGGACUCUCUGGCCAUCAAGCUGGGUAACCGUCCAACGAAGAGCGAUCUGGAGGACAAAAACAUCCUGCCAAUGCAGUCGGACCAAGAGAAGUUCGAGGCUCGACAACAAACGGCGACCAAACUGACGCGGCGAUUGAGUCAGCGGCCAUCAACAGAGGAACUGGAGCAGAGGAACAUACUCAAACCUCGAAACGAUCUGGAGGAGCAGAAGGAGAAGAGCGAGAUCAUAAGACAUUUGUCCAAAAAGCUCAGCCAGAGGCCCACCGUGGAGGAGCUGAGGGAGGCCAAGAUCCUCAUUCGCUUCAGUGACUACGUGGAGCUCGCUGAGGCUCAGGACUACGACCGGAGAGCAGACAAGCCGUGGACUCGGCUAACGGCUGCUGAUAAGGUUAGCGAACACACGACGACACAUUCCAAACAAUGCUUCCCGAACUCUGGAUUAAAAGUAGUUUGUACAUAUACUGUACUGCGUGUGUUGUUCAGGCCGCCAUCAGGAAGGAGUUGAAUGAGUUUAAGAGCACAGAGAUGGAGGUGCACGAGUCGAGUCGUCAUUUUACCAGGUAAGAAAUGCCAACAUAUUAUAUAGUAUGACAUGCAUGGCAUACUGUAGUAUGUUUUUAUGAUAGACUAAUGACUUUCAUUUUUAUAUGGCAAAGUAAAAUAUAAUAAAAGCAUAAAACUAUACUAUUUUUUUAUACGACUUCAUUGCAUACUUAUUACGCCUUUUAUGGAAUCAUCAUAAACUCAACACGUAUAGUAUGUCAAACAAAGUCAUAGUAGUGUUGUAAAGUAACUGAAAAAGCCGUUCUCUAUUUUAUUGUAUACAAAUAAAAAAACAGUAUGGUAUUUCGAUUUAUGAUCUAUGAAACAAAAAAAUUGUUUUUAUUUUUUUGGGGUGAAAGACCACCAGAGCAGCAUUUCAAUAAAGUACUCACUUUCUCUGUGUUGCUGCUGUUCUCCUUGCAGGUUUCAUCGGCCAUAAGAUCAGAUAACCGGCCGUGCUUUUAUACUCCCACACCGAGCCUCAAGUGGUCCGACGUGCUGCCAUCAAACGGCUACGCUUUCCACCUUUGACCUCAAGCUGACAGACUGGACAUGAACACAACCCGUGUGCUGCGGGCAUUACGGGAAACAUCAACACUGUUACACACAGAUGGAUUCAUCUCUGAACUGGCGUCUCCCCUCAGUGGAGAUGUUCUUAUGUUCAUAGCUUUUCCUGAAGGGGCAGCCAUUUGUUUAUUUUGCAGCACCUUGUUUAUGAACGCUGCUUUAGUCAAAACUGAAUCGGUGCCAAUUUGAAGGAUAUAGACGGCACUUUAUUUUACACAGAUUGAUUUCUUGCCUUUUUUAAAUGUUCUUGCUGUCCUCUCAGAUGGACUUUCUUUCCCAGGGGAGUUUGUGUUGGCAGUUUUAUUCCCUAGAUGACACCCAAAUUGGCCAGAAAUCAAAACGUCAGCUGAAUCUUGAGCCAAAAUGCUCCCUGCAAGCCAGUAACAGUGAGAAUUUAGAUCUCCCAACACGUACACAUUAAUCAACCGAGCAAUAAUUUCAGAUUUUUUUUCUCCCCAUCUUUAUAUGGGCUGCAUUCAAGAGCUCAAAACCCUUUUCAGACUUCAGAUUUCCAUUUUUAAACCAAAGCAACUUGACUUGCUGUGGAAGUCUCCAUCUCGAAUGCAUCCCAGCGUGACUGCUGUCGAGAGUUCAGUAACCCACGGUGUCACUGUGCCUCUACGGUAUCGUUUACAGGAAUUUUAAAGUUGCCAAAUUAUCUGUAAACACAGAAAACAAGUUAAAGAAUUCUCUGCCAAACUACAAGGUAGACUUUAUUUUAUUGUCAGAGAUAAAUCUUUGGUGGAACAAAAUAUGAAAUCCCUGCCACUUUCCUUUAAUCGUUUACUCCUCAUUAGCUUCAUAAGUCAGUUUUACCCAUACAAUUGGGAGAACUGGUUGAUCAGUUGUGUGUGUGGUAUGUCUGACUAAGUGCGUGUGUGUAUGUACAAGCGUGGGUAUUAUUACCGUCUCUUGUAUGUUUAAAAAUGUUUUUGAAAGAAAUGUUCUGAGAAUUAUAAGACUUGUACAUAGUAAAGAAAGUAAGCAAGACUUUUCAAAUGUUUUUGUAAAGCAGAACAACUGCAUGUGGGUAUUAAUUUAUUGUGAGUCUUCUAUGAUGUAUGACGUUUCCUAAAGAAAGAAACUUGGGGAAAAACAAA